CCUUCCCGCGCGGCAAUUGUUCUCCUUCUGGACUGUAAUCGCGGCGCUACUCUUCUUCCUCCCCGUUCUUCCCUUGUAGAGUUGCUGAUUGUCUUCUUUUCGAUUUCGACGGCGAACUGAGGGGGUGAAAAGAAAUGGUUUCCAUUGGCGAUGGCGGCGGAGGUGCGGUCCGACCAGCGGAUGACUAUUCGAGCGCCGAUUUCCCCGCCGGUGAUACUCAGCCUUUGGAUUCUCAAUGCUUUCCGCCUUCCUCGCCAGGCAAAAAAGGUGGCUAUGAUGAUGACGAUGACUUGUAUAUGGAGACAAGAAAGGUUUCGUUUGAUGAUACUGUUCCAGUUGAAGAUGUUUUCGAGACCCAAGUUGUGAACUACGGGGAUGAAACACAAGUAUUGGAUGACGAUGAUCUAGAUUUCCUUGGGAGUACAAGCACUCAGAAGAUUGAUGAGUGCAGUGAUCAAGUGUCUCUCGAUAGCGACGGUGAAGGUACUGACACGACUGAACUUCUAGAAAGUAAUGAUGAGCUAUCUGAUGAUGAAUCUGGGAGAGGAGGAAAGCUUGAAGAAUUGAUGGGGGAUAAGUGUGUGAAUCAAGCAAAUGCUUUGUGCAACCAGAAGCCCAGUUCAGAAUCUGUCCCACUUUCCUCUGAGCAUAUAGCUUCUGGAAAGAACAUUUUGAGAAUAAGUGGUUGUAAUGAAACAAUUUGGGAAUCUAAGACAGGGCAAAACAUUUCCCAAGAGAAGGAACUGGAGAAUGGAACCAAGUCCAAGGUUGAUUCAUCUAUAGUGAGAAGACUGUUCUCUACUGAUUCCGUUGCUAAAGAUGGCGAUAUCUGUAAUCCUAGUAGCAUCCCUGGUGGAGUAGAAGAAAUUGCACGGUCCACUAUUGAUGAUGAGUUUGCAGGAUUAAGUUAUAUAGACUCACAAGAACCGGGCGAUGCAUCACAAGCUGAUGCACUCGCAGUUGUCGAAAGGUUAAUUGAGGAGACCAAAUCCUCAUUCGAUUUUGAGGUUAAUCUGGGAAACACUUGUGGGAGAAUAUCCGAUUGUGUAUCAGCUGCCAAAGGCCCACAAAGUUUGGCCCAGAAAACCCUCAAAAGAAGCAUUCAAGUAGAAGCUGGGAUCUUUGACUGGGAUGACGGGCUGGAAGAUGAGGGAGGUGGAGAUAUUUUCAUUAGAAGAAAGGACGAUUUCUUUGGUGCCAGGUCGUUGACAAUUAACCCCAAGGGCAGAUUAAACCCACAGAAGGGAAAUCGAGGGAAUUUUGAAGUUGAGAAUAAGGUGACUACUGUACAGUCUGAUUCCAAAAUAGUAGUUCAGAAGUUCAAGGUACCCGAAAGCAAAACUAGGAGAAUUCCGAAGAACACCAGAAAAGAUCUUCUGAAUGAGUUUCAUGACCAGGCUAAUAGGAAGAAACCAACCGGACCUCCUGAAGACAUCGCUUUUGAUCCAGAAUUUCCCGAUGUUGGAUUGGGAACCCAAUUAGCUGCUGAGGCCAUGGAGGAAUUGCUGAACGGGGACCCAGUUCCGGACUUUGAUUGUAAUGAUGCCAAGGAAAUUCAUUCUGUGCAACAGUCUCCAAUAAGAAUAGCUAAAAGGCGGGUUUCUUCAAAACGACGUGCUUCUUGUGACACCUCUGAGAUUCGAGUUGACACAAGGCAGUCAAAGAAAAGGAAGACCCAGUUAAAAGUUGCUGACGCCAUGGAAUCCAAGGAAGAACAAGGUUCUCCAAUAAGAAAAGCUAAAAGGAUAGUGUCUUCAAAGAAAUGUGCUCCUAAAGACCAUUAUGACAUUGGAGUUCGCACAAGGCAGUCAAAGAAAAGGAAGACACAGUUAGCUGCUGAUACUCCAGAGACUCUUGAUGUAGGAUUAGAUACGCAGUUAGCUGCUGAUGCCAUGGAAGCGUUGCUAAAUGGGGAUCCUAUCUCUGACUGUGAUGGUAAGGAUGGCAAGGAAGAACACCCUCUUCAACAUUCCCCUAUUAGAAAAGCUGAAAAGAGAGCUUCUUCAAAGCAAUUUGCUUCUGAUGACAAUUCUGAUAUUGGAGCCGACACAAGGAAGUCAAAUAUAAGAAAGAAGAACAAUGCUAAGAAGGUUAACUUGGAGUGUGAUGCAGGUCCAGUAAUGAUGACUAGAAGGAGAGUGAAAUCUUGUGCUGCGGAAGGCUCAAGUUCUUGUGGCCAGAAAACCAUGGAAAAGCUUCCCUCUAGGACUAGAGCGCCCGAAAGCAAAGGGACUGCUUUAAGGAGAGGUCGGUCAGCUAAAAAUUAUCACUCACCCGAGGAGCAUGCUGAUCAUACUACAAUAGCCCAUCAGUCUAGAAAAUCCAAUUUGGUCUCUUUGUUGGAAACUGCUGAUAGUAGACAUGCUUAUGUCAGUGAAGACAAGGAUGGUGCAUGGGAAGAAGUGUGUGGCCAUGAACAGACUCCUGCUGAAGCCUUGAACUCUGGCGGGAAAACUUCAGAACUGACUUCCUGCAAACCAGCAAAACCAAACAGUCUCCAGUCAAAGGUGACAGCCUUGACUCAUGAUAUCAGUUUUCCCAGAAAAAGAAGAUCAGAAAGGAACUUCUUAGAGCAGCCCAAAGGCAAGGAGUCAAAUGAUGAAGCUAAGGCAAAGUUUGCUAAAUCAAGUGAUGGUGAUACUGAUAGUACUCUGUUGGCUGAGAAAGAAGUGAAUGUAGUAACGCCUGACAAGUUAUUGAGGGGAAUAGUAAGCCCGCCUUCAGUUUCAGCUGCUGCUUCACCAUUAGGCUCGCUGACCACUACUAAUACAACUAUUACAAAUGCUGCAUCACCUAUUUGUAUGGGAAAUGGAUUGUCCAAGAAGAAACUGGAUACAUCUUCCAUGAAGAGGGAAAUCAAUAGCUUAUUCUCCAUGGACCCAGAACCUAUUUCUGAAGAAAAAGGUUCGAGAAAGAGGAGAGAUUUGGCUGAUAUCCGAGUCCUGUUCAGUCACCACCUUAAUGAGAAUGUCAUCAAGCGUCAGAAAAAGAUUGUGGAUCGUUUAAAAGUUCCAAUCGCCUCUUCUAUUAUCGACGCAACACACUUUGUUACAGAUAGGUUUGUUCGCACGAGGAAUAUGUUGGAAGCAAUUGCUGCUGGGAAACCAGUGGUGACACCCUUGUGGCUUGAGCAUAUCGGACGAGCUAAAUGCUACAUUGAUGAGCAGAAGUACAUAAUGAAAGAUAUCAAAAAGGAAAAGGAGAUAGGGUUCAACAUGGUGGCUUCACUAGAACAUGCACGUCAGCAUCAACUCCUCCAGGGCCGAAAAGUUUUGAUCACCCAAAAUGCCAAGCCCAGUAAAGAGAUCGUAUCUGGCCUGGUUAAAGCAGCUCAUGGUCAACCGAUCGAGAGAGUUGGAAGAUCUGCUCUGAAGGACGACACACUCAUCGAAGACCUGUUGGUUCUAUCUAGUGACGAAGAUUACGAAGUCUGCAUUCCUUUCCUUGAGAGAGGGGCUGCUGUCUACGGUUCAGAGCUGCUCCUGAAUGGAAUCGUUACGAGGAAACUAGAAUACGACAGGCAUAGGCUCUUUUUGGAUCAUGUGAAGAGAACCCGAUCUACUAUAUGGGUUAAAAAAGAUGGCCAUAGUUUCACUCCUGUUGUGAAGAACAAUUGUGGAGACUGGAUCGAAUACCACAGUUAUCCUCCAAAACUUCUAGAUGUCGUUGUUAGUUGGAGUAGUGCAAUGCCUAACCAAGAUGUUUAUGCCCAUGGCAAACACCAUACCGAUAACUGAACCCAGCAUUAUGGAGUACACUGGUUCCACGUUUAGCAUGAUGGAAGAGAGGUGGAUUAUCACGGACACGAGCGCAAACUCUAGUACUGCAUAUUUCCAUACUUGCUCUUUCACUCCUACGAUGACUGCAAAGAUUGAUGCCAGAAUCCCCAAGCCAAACGCAAAUGGGGCUGCAAUUGAGAGCCCACGAGACGUCUUCUCUUGAACCUUCAGUAGAAGCUCCAGGACGAAGAAGUACCCUAUCGUGCUCAUCAGCACCAGGCACAGAAACUCCUGCACUGAACUGCAAAGUUCGAAACUUUAAGCAGAACCCAGAAAGAAAAAGCCGCCAUUGGAAGAAGAAGAGGCUCAGUAGGUGGCUUUCGCUCUUACCUUUUUUCAUUCAUCGCCCAGUUCUGGGUAUCUAGGUCCUCGGUUUCUUCUUCGGUCUUCACGGGGCUGUCUUCCCGAAACUCGAUCACCGGCAAAUUGGUAACCUCCUGAUCGCAUAUCUCGCAGAUUUUGUUCCCUUUUGUUCUGAACCAACUCACCGCGCAAGCUUCGUGCACCAGCCUGAGGUCGCCUUUGCAACUGCACGCCAUUUUCAUUUUGAUCCCUUCCCUCAUCGUGUCUAGACAGAUCCUGCAGAUCCCGGCUUCGUCGUCUUCGGAAAAUUUUCUGUCGUGGCCGCUGUCGAUGACGAUCGUUGGGAACUUUGGAUCUGAAUUCAUUGGAAGGGGAGAACAUGAAUUCAUUGGAAGGUAGAAAGCACGGAAGCUGUUUGUGAAAAUGCGUCAUUGAACAACUGCGUUGCACGCAAGGUGUUUGUGGAAAUGCGUGGCUGACCUUUGGAAGGAUCGACGAGGAGCUGCUGGUCUUUCUGGGUGGACGGCCGGCGUUCUGAGCCUGGUGCCGAGAUGUAGAUAGAAGGGCGAGAUGGAGACGUGGGUGUGGCGGGAAGCGAUUUGCAUUCUCGCCAGCAGAGCUGUGCCACGGAUGAUUGUCUGUUCUUGGUUGGACUGUCCGGAGGAGCUGUGGAGUGUGAACUGAGGCAGAAGCUCCUCCGUCCACCACCGCCGCCGCCGAGGUCGAAUAUGGAGCUGUUGAUCUUGACCCGCAAGCUGUGGCAGUGGAGUAUGGCUUUCCCAAUGCAGCUGUCGGCAUAACAAGGUGCUGGUCCAAUUGGGAUCUCGAUCGAAAGAUUCGAGCUUUUGCUGCGCCCUGAAACUUUCACGUCCGAGAUCGGCCACCCAUUUUCCAGAUCAACCUGACAGAAUUACGAAACCUGAGGAUGGUCAGCUUAAGGAAAUCCUGGACAUUUGGUUCAAUGAAUCAAUGUAUAACCGAACGGAAUAACUGGGUUGAUUGAACGGUGAUUGUGUCGAACCAGAUCAAAGGUACUACUACUUCAAUACUUCUCAGUUUAGUGUCAUUGAACUUUUCAGGUCACAAGAUUGUGUUCUCAAUACACACAGAUUCACCCACUAGAUGGAGAAGCCAACAACUUGGCUGAUUGAUCACCAGUUGAAUCAAACCAGAUCACGACACCACGAGAUCAGAAGACGAACCUGGACAUCUGAAGCUGCUUCUACAUCAGGAUCAGAACCUUGCAUCUAACUUGAGAGACAUUGGCAGUUACCAUCAGGUGUUUGUUCUGGAAGGAAACAUCAUAUGAACAAAUGGCAGCAAGCACUAAGAGACAAGGUCAGUGAAAUUAGAUUAAUGGAGUUAUUGGAUUGGAAGAGUUCAAGUGCCAUAGGACAUUGCCAAUUCUUCCCGACAUUAUUAUAUUUUUUGUGGUAAUCAGGAAAAGCUGAUGAUUGGUGAAUGUCGUAUUAUCCGUAUGUUCUGUCACAAAGUGUGUGACUCGGACAAACCCAGAAAAAGAAGCCUUGUGUGACGGUGUUUCAUGUUAUGUUCUUUAAUUAGGGAGAAGCUCUAUCCAGUCAUUUGCGCCUCUGCCGACACCGAACCAGCUCGAUCUUCCUCAGUCUCUCAAGAUUGUGUUAGUGGAUGUGGUUAAUGACGAGACCGAAUUUGCUUAUCCACGAAUUUACGAAUUGCUAAUUAGUAGUUACACUAGUGAGUUUGUGGAUGAGAUGUAUGAAUCUCGCUGAAAAUUACGAAAUGAUAAAUGGAAU